AUGGACGCAGAAAGGGAAGCCCUACAGAACUCCGCCUACCCCGAAGUGCAAACCUUCUGCCGGAAGCAUGGCCUGAUGUUUGAGGUCAUUGAUCUGAGGUGGGGAAUUAGAAACACUGAGGCCACUGACCAUAUGACUGCAGAACUCUGCUUGGAGGAGAUUGACCGGUGUCAGAAAACAUCAGUUGGACCUACUUUUGUGGCCCUCAUAGGUGACCAGUACGGGCCCUGCCCGGUCCCUUCACUAAUUGAGGAGAAGGAGUGGGAGGCGCUGAAGUCUCAACUGAUGACCAGGCCUCGAGACCUGGAGCUGGUGGUGCGUCGCUUCCGGAAGGACGAGAACGCUGUGCCUCCUGCCUACGUUCUACAGGCCGCUGGCACUGGGAAGGUUCCAGGGCCCGAGGAGGUGCCCCUGACCUCUGUCUUGCGUGCGGGGGCCCAGGAAGCCUGGAAGCUGGGGCUCAUCACGCAGGAGCAGUGGCAUCAUUACCACCGGUCAGUCAUUGAGUGGGAGAUGGAGCAAGGCCUGCUGAGUUCGGAGAACGGGGACCAGGGUGCCACCAUCUUCCUGCGUGAGAUCCAGGACCUCAACAAACACAUCCUGGACGAUUGUGCCCUGCGGCUAGUGGACCGGCUUCCGGACGGCUGCCUGGACACAGACGCCCAGAACCUUCUCAGCAGCCUCAAGGGCCGCAUUGCUGAAGAGCACCCCAGCGCCCUCAAGACCCACCACCUGCAGUGGAGCCGUGACCUGGUGAACCCCAAGAACAAGGCUCACGCCAGGUACCUGAAGGAGUUGGGGGAACAGUUUGUGGCCAGGGCCAACCACCAGAUCCUGGAGCGUCUCCGAGAGCUGGAGACAGUUACACAGGACCUGGCCUGGCUGUACCAGGACAUCCGCCACCACCUGAGCCAGAGCGCGGAGGCCACGCGCAUCUUCUGUGGCCGCAAGGAGCUCCUGGCCCAGCUCGGGCAGCAGCUUCGGCAGAGCCACAGCACUGCUCACAGUCCCCUGGUGCUCUACGGACCCCCGGGCAUCGGGAAGACAGCGCUGAUGUGCAGACUGGCCGAGCAAGUGCCUGGGCUUCUGGGCCACAAGACAGUAACUGUCCUGCGCCUUCUGGGGACCUCACAGGUGAGCUCCGACGCCCGCGGUCUGCUCCGGAGUGUCUGCUUUCAGGUGUGCCUGGCCUUUGGGCUGCCCCUGCCACCUGCCCAGGUCCUGGAGGCCCAGACCAGAGUGGUCCAGUUCUUCCACAGCCUCCUGCAUACUGUGUCCCGCAGAAAUUUUGAGGCUCUCGUCAUCCUCCUGGACUCCCUAGAUGACCUGGACACUGUUCACCCUGCCCGCAGAGUCCCCUGGCUGCCCCUGCAGUGCCCCCCCAGGGUCCACCUCAUCCUCUCAGCAUGCUCCGGGCAGCAGCAGGGGGUGCUGGACACAGUGCGGCAGGUGCUCCCGGACCCUGGGGUCUACUGGGAGGUGAAGCCCCUCUCUGCCAACCAAGGGCAGGAGAUGAUUGAGCUUCUGCUGGCGGCUGCACGGAGAACACUGAGCCAGGCCCAGCGGGACCUGCUGUGGGCCAGUCUCCCUGAGUGUGGACACCCAGGCCGGCUGAGGCUUGCCUUCGAGGAGGCCAGGAAGUGGGCCUCCUUCUCCGUGCCCACCCCUCUGGUCUCCACUGCCCAGGAGGCCACACACCAGCUAUGUGCCCGUCUGGAGCAGACUCACGGCCAGCUCCUGGUGGCCCACGUGCUGGGCUACAUUGUGGCUUCCCGGUAUGGGAUCUCAGAGGCAGAGCUGAAGGAUGUCCUGUCCUUGGAUGAUGAGGUCCUGCAGGCUGUGUACCGGGACUGGACACCACCCAGCAAGGAGCUGCUCCGCUUCCCACCCCUGCUGUGGGUGAGGCUCCGGCGAGAUCUGGGUACCUGCUUGUCCCGGCGGCCCAUGGACGGCUCCACACUCCUGGCCCUCACCUACAGACAGCUGGCUGAGGUGGUCCGUGAGCGCUACCUGUCUGGGCCCGAGAGAGUCAAGCUGCACAGCAUCCUGGCUGACUUCUUCUCAGGGGCCUGGAGCCAGGGCACCAAGAAGCUCAUCACCCUGCCUCUCCUGGGGAAGCCGCUGAACCUGGACCGCAAGGUAGCCCCUCAACCCCUCUGGUUCUCAGACACGGUCGCAAACCUGCGGAAGUUAAAGGAACUGCCCUUCCACUUGCUCCGUGCGGGCCGCAUUGAGGAGCUGAAGCAGGACGUGCUGGGCAGCAUGAGCUGGAUCUCUUGCCGGGCCAUGUCCGGGGGCCUCGAGGCCCUCCUGGAUGACUUUGACAUGUGUGCCCCACACGUGGACUCCCCCGAGGUCGGCUUGGUCCGCGAGGCCCUACAGCUCUCCUGCCCCGCUGUGGAGCUCCGAGGCCUGGAGAGAAGCGUCCUCUACACAGAACUCCUGGCCAGACUCCAUUUCUUCAUCACUUCGCACCCAGCACUGGUGGGGCAGCUGUGCCAACAGGCACAGAGCUGGUUUCGGGUGUGUCCUCACCCAGUGCUGGUACCCCUUGCAGGGUUCCUCCAGCCCCCCGGGGGGCCCCUCAGAGCAACCCUCACCGGUUGCCACAAAGGCAUCACUGCCAUGGCAUGGAGUCUGGAGGAGCUGCUGCUGGUGGUUGGCACCCAGGAUGGCAUUGUGGCUGUGUGGGACAUGAAAGAGCACCAAGUGAUCCACGUCCUAACUGGUCACACAGGGGAAGUGAAGUGUGUGAAAGUGUUUGCUAAGGGGACACUUGCCAUCUCCGCCUCCAAGGAUCACACACUGCGCUUGUGGAACUUACUUUCUGGCCAGGAGAAAUUCAUUAUUUGGGAUGGAGGCUCAAAAAAUCCCACUGAACCUCAGUUCUGGAACCUUCAUGUGGAUGAAACAAACAAAGUUGUGUAUUCAACAGCUGGUUCUAAGGUGAAUGCAUGGUGUUUGGAAACCGCAAAGCCUGUGUUCCGUAUUCUGGGAGAUGCCUCUGACGCCUGGGUCUGUACAGCAGUACUUGACUCCCAGGCCCGGCUGUUGGUGGUGUCCAAGCAUGGUGUGGUCAGCCUGUGGAGCUCUGUCACAGGAAAACUGCAGGGGAAGCAACAUCUAUCCAGCGUCAAAGAAGAAACACCUAUCUGUGGGGUAGCAGUCCAGACACAAGGAAGGUUGGUUGCUGGGUUCAGCAACGGCUCUGUCUCUUUGGUUUCCUCCGAAGGAGACAGCCUGCUAGAGAAACUUCCAGAAGCUGUGGGAUUCCUGGUGAUCUCUGAGGAUGAGUCCCUUCUUGCUGCAGGCUUCGGAAGAUCUGUGCGAGUAUUCUUGGCGGACUCACAGGGCUUCCAUCACUUCAUGGCCACAGAUCUGGAACACGAGGACACGGUGGAGACAGCUGUCUUUGGUCCCAAGAACAACCUCAUUGUCACAGGGUCCCGUGACUCACUCAUUCAGGUAUGGAGUCUGUCGGAGCAGGGGACCCUGCUGGACAUCCUCGAAGGUGUUGGGGCCCCUGUGAAUCUGCUGGUCCGAGUCGGGGACUUGGUGGCAUCUGGUUCCCAACAAUCUUCGUCUUUCAAAGUCUGGGACCUCGCCUAUUCUCAGAAGCCACGGGUCUCUGCCCCGUUUCUGGAUCGCACUGGCCUCACUGCCGUGUCUCACAAUGGAAGCUACAUCUAUUUCCCCAGGAUUGGGGACAAAAAUAAAGUCACCAUCUGGGACUUGGCGGAAGGUGAGGAACAAGAUGCUCUGGACACUUCCAAUGAGGUCAAGUGUCUGGAAGUGGCUGAGCAGACCAAGCUCCUGUUCACUGGCCUGGUGUCCGGGAUUGUCCUCGUGUUCCCCCUGAAUUCCCGGCAGGAUGUGAUGUGCAUUCCGCCUCCAGAGGCCCGCAAAGCCAUCAACUGCAUGUCACUGAGCAAGGGUGAGGAGCGCCUGGCCAUCGCUUAUGACAACAUUGUCCUGGUGCUGGAUAUCAGUCCCGGGGACCCCUGUCCUGUCAUCGAUGGCCCGACCUACACCUUUUAUACCCAGCUGCCAGAGACCAUCACCAGCGUGGCCGUGCUGGCUGACUACCGUGUGGUCUACGGCAUGACCAAUGGCGACCUCUUUCUCUACGAGUGUGCCAAUUCCAAGGUGUUCCCUUUGGAGGCUCACAAGAGCCGGGUCACCUGCGUGGAGGUCAGUCACAAGGAACAGCUGGCCGUGAGUGGAUCAGAGGAUGCCCUGCUCUGCCUCUGGGACCUGCAGGCAUGCAAAUGGAAGUUUGAGAUGAGCUACACGAGUUCUUACUGUCAAGGUGUACAGUGUGCUUGCUUCUCCAAAGAUGACAAAUAUGUGUAUGCAGGCUUGAAGGAUCGCUCCAUAAUUGUCUGGAGUGUGCUGGAUGGCACUCUGCUAGCUGUCCAAUUUGUUCAUGCUGUGGUAAACAAAAUCAUCCCAACCUCGAAUGGUUUUAUUGCUCCAACCAGACAUGGCUAUCUCAUCCGUGAGCGUUUCCAAUGUCCUUCAUCCAGAAUCUCGCAACAGGACCCGCUCAAGAACUUCAAGAAGGCAGUGUGGCUGGUCAAAUCCAGGCAGAGAGAAGAGCUGGCUAACGCAGCAGGUGCAGCCCAGGACUCAGAAAGUGCUGAGGAAAAUGAAUCCAAACCUAACAAACGUUCACAAGUCUGUCUAAUAUUGUAG